CUACGUUAUUUUACCUAUAUUUAAGGCUUCAUCAUUCCGAGUUCUUGAAAGAUGCUAUACCUACCUCUCUGCUAUCCCGUAGCAAGCCGCUGGUGUUUCUCGUACUUCACGCCACACCGCAACCCCCAUCCCCUCCCCUCCGGAACAGAAAACGGCAACCAAUUAGCAGCCAACGAAAAUAUCGAUACUUCCUAGUAUCCAUCUUCAUAUAGUGGAACGUAUACGAAAAGGUACCUAUAUGAGCAGCUGCCGCGCCGAGCUAGUACUGGAACCACUGCGGAUACGACUCUGAGGAGAACUAAGGCUAAAAAAGAUGGCGGACAGUACCAGUCUCCACCCAUGUGAGGCCCUGGCUGCCCGUAUCGGUGCCGACAAGGUCCUCCUCCCUGGCAGCACGGGAUACGACGCGUCCCUAUCGUCGUAUUUUAGCCCGCAGGCGGCUGCCGUCCGCCCGACCUGCUUCGUCACCCCACAGACCGCCACCGACGUCUCGGACGUGGUCAAGUUGCUAACCUCAUCCGACAAUGGUGGCCCUUACGACUUCGCCGUCCGCGCUGGCGGCCACACCUGGUUCGCCAACGCGAACAGCGCCCCCGGCGGCAUCACCAUCGACCUGCGUGGCCUCAACUCGGUCGACCUCAGCGCCGACAAGUCCAGCGUGUCCAUUGGCGCCGGCGCCACCUGGGAUGCCGUCUAUGGAAAGCUCGACCCCCUGGGUCUCAGUGUCGCCGGCGGUCGUGUCGCCGGCGUCGGCGUCGGCGGCUUGACCCUCGGCGGCGGCAUUUCUUACUUUGGCCCGCGGGAGGGCUGGACGUGCAACCAGGUGACGUCGUUCGAGGUGGUGCUAGCCGACGGCUCGGUGGUAGAGGCCGACGAGAGGCAGAACGCGGAUCUGUGGUGGGGGCUCCGGGGCGGGUCUAACAACUUCGGCAUCGUCACGCGCAUCAUCCUCACCACCUUCGAGCAGGGACUGCUGUGGUCCGCCCUGACGCUCAACCCCGUCACCGAAGUCGAUAGGCAGGCCAGGAUCUACGCCGAGCUCAUGGCGGCCGAGAACUACGACGAGAACGCCUCCUUCCUCACCGGCUGGGCCUUCGCCAGCCAGCAAGGUCUGAGCGUCACUCUCAACCAGCUGGUCUAUACGCGGCCGGUCGCGGAUGAGACUCCGGCCAUCUACAACCCCAUCCUAGAUCUGCCUGCCAUCCGCAACGCGUCGGCUACCACUGUCAUCGCCAAUAUGUCGACGCUCGCGCAGAAUUCGGUGGCCCUCCAGAGACCGCAGGCGGCUCGUUACAUGACCGCCACGGUGACCUUCGUCCCCACCGAAGCUAUGAUCCGCGCAACCUACGACGCCUUUGACGCGUCGCUCUCGCUGCUGCAGGGCGUGGCGGGGCUGAUGUGGGCCGUGAACCUCGAGCCCCUGCCGCCGCAGAUCUACACGCGCGGCGGGGCCGACGCGAACGCCCUGGGACUAGCCGAGCAGAGCGGCUCGCUCGUCGUGUGCCUCGUCUCGCCGUCCUGGUCAGACACCGCCCACGACGAGCAGGUGUACGAAGCGGCGCGCUCGCUCAUGGCCGACGUCGAGGACCGGGCGAAGAAGCUUGGCGUGUAUCAUCCGUACAUCUACCUCGACUACGCCGCGCCGUGGCAGGCAGUUAUCCAGGGCUACGGCGAGGAGAGCGUCAAGAAGCUCCAGAAGCUGAGGAAGAGGGUCGAUCCCGGACACGUGUUUACGCGAAAGGUCACGGGCGGGUUUAAGAUUCCGGAUGAGUGUUGAAUGGGGAACAUUAAGGCUCAAGGUAGGUCGCUCUACGUUCCGGAGAGAAGUUAUUACUAUAUUAUAU